ACAAACACCACCAGAACACCAGAUACAUGCAAAUGCUGCACCUGCUCAGGCUAGCUCGCAGGACCAACACAACAACCAGGAGCAGCGCCGCUGCAGCUGCAGCUGCCCACUCCUACACCGCCGGCACCGUCCGCAGCUCUCUGCGGGGCCUCUCCCCUUGGGCCGCGGCGGGCGUCAUCGGCAGCGGUGCCGCCUCAGCGGCCUCGAGCGGCAGUAGCAGCAGUAGCAGCUUUGGCGGCGCCCGCAUCGGUGUCAGGGCCGCGUCCGGCACUCGCCACACCUCUCUCCCGGGUGACCCCGACUCCGCCUCUGCCCCUCCCCACGCCUUCGACCCCGUCUUCCCCGGACCUGGACCCGGCAGUAGCAGUCUCGCCGCCGGCGGUGGCAGUAGCAGCGGCAGUAGCAGCGGCGGCAGUCCCAUGCAGCAGGCGGCGGCGGCGGGCGACGCGGCUCACUCGCGCGGCGACCCACGCGGCGGCGACCGCGGCGCGGGCGGUGUGGUGUCGCCGGCGGAUGACCCCGUGAGCCAGGACCUGGCUUCGGCGCCGCUGGACUCACCGCUGCUGGAGCAGGCCCAGACCGGCAUUGGCGCGGGGCUGGGCGGCGGCACGGGCGGCGCACUGGCAGGCGUCGUGGGCACCGUGCUGGGCGGCCCUGCUGUGGGCCUGGCGGCGGGCGCUCUGGGUGCGCUGUCGGGCGCGGCGGUGGGCGGCGCUGUGGCGGCGGAGCGGGAGGGCAACCAGGCGGGGGACGUGGUGCAGCUGCCGGCGGCUGCGAAAGGCACGGCGCCCGGCAGUAGCAGCGGCGGCGGCGGGGGUGGUGGUGGCGAGCUGCCGCCUGCUGAGGACCCGGCGCGGCUGAAGGCGGCCGAGAAGCCAGUGGUGGAGGUGUCGGCGCCGCCGGGGGAGCAAGGGCUGGGGGGGCGGCCGGCGCGGGGUCAAUGAGGAUAACGGGCAGCAGUAGCAGGGUAGCACAGGAGGAGGGAAGCGCACGAUGGGGGCUGACGUGGGGCGCGGUGCACCCGUAUGGAGGUGGCUUCCUGUUUGUUUAUCUGGGCGCUUGAUUGCGUUGAGCCGGUUGAGUUGCCACAGGUUUGGUUUAGUGGCGUGAGAGCCGCUUACACCUGUUAGUGUACGUGUUCCACAUUGGGGUGUCCAAUAGCUUCUAAGUAGGGCUCAUGCGGCUCCUGUAUAUGGGUUGUAGAUAGAAUGGAUGGGGAGUUGCAUUGUUGAUGAGCCGGGUAGGAUAGCAGACAUGGGCGUCAAGGAGCAGCCGGCGUCUGCUCGCGCGGUUCGUGCCUUCGGGUUCGUGAUU